AGCCCUAUUUCGAGUGCAGACACCAUAACAGACCUGAGGAGAGAGAGUGAGUGAGUGAGAGAGAGUUCAUUUAUAUAUAUAUAUAUAUAUAUUCGAUUGGCUUUCUCUCUCUCUCUCUUCAAUCUGAUACUAUAGAAGGAAUGGCAGUGGGUGGUUGUACUUCGUCGUCGGACGAUAUCGUGAUAAAGUCGCCGACUGAUAGGCGGUUGUACAGAUACGUACAGCUUAAGAAUGGACUCUGUGCUCUGCUCGUUCACGAUCCAGAGAUUUACCCUGACGGAGCUCUCGAACAAUCUAAGAUUGCCAGUGAAAACGAAGACGAAGAAGUAGAGGACGAAGAUGAAGACGAUGAUGAAGGUGAAGAGAGUGAAGAAGAGGACGAGGACAAUGAAGAAGAUGAAGAUGAAGAUGAAGCCGGUGAAGCAAAAACAAAGGCGAAGAAAGGCGCUUCUCAGACUAAACAGGCAGCAGCAGCAUUGUGUGUUGGAAUGGGUAGCUUCUCUGAUCCUUUUGAGGCACAGGGUCUUGCGCAUUUUCUAGAACACAUGCUCUUCAUGGGGAGUACUGAUUUCCCGGAUGAAAAUGAGUAUGAUAGUUACUUGUCGAAGCAUGGAGGUUCCUCAAAUGCAUACACAGAAGCUGAGCAUACCUGCUACCAUUUCGAAGUUAAACGGGAGUUUCUCAAGGGUGCCUUAAGAAGAUUUUCACAGUUUUUCAUUUCACCUUUAGUGAAAGCUGAAGCCAUGGAACGAGAGGUUCAAGCUGUGGAUUCAGAAUUUAAUCAGAUUCUGCAAAAUGAUUUGUGCCGUCUUCAACAACUACAAUGCCAUACAUCAGCACCUGGCCACCCUUUCAACCGAUUCUUUUGGGGGAACAAGAAAAGCCUGGUUGAUGCCAUGGAGAAGGGAAUUAAUCUGAGGGAGCAAAUUCUAAAAUUAUACAGUGAUAAUUACCAUGGUGGGUUGAUGAAGCUAGUUGUGAUUGGGGGAGAGACUCUAGAUGUACUUGAGAGUUGGAUUCUCGAAUUAUUUAGCAAUGUCAAAAAUGGUCCUCCCCUAAAGCAAGAGGCUAGGAUGGAAGUUCCUAUCUGGAACGCUGGUAAACUUUACAGGUUAGAGGCAGUUAAAGAUGUUCAUAUCCUCAAUUUGUCAUGGACAUUGCCAUGUCUUCGAAAAGAUUAUUUGAAAAAAUCAGAAGAUUACCUGGCUCAUCUCAUUGGGCAUGAGGGCAAAGGGAGCUUGCACUUCUUUCUAAAAGCUAAAGGGUGGGCAACUUCCAUAUCAGCUGGUGUUGGGGAUGAAGGAAUGCACAGAUCUUUGAUAGCUUAUAUUUUUGGCAUGUCUAUACACCUCACUGACUCUGGCUUGGAAAAGAUCUUUGAUAUCAUUGGCUAUGUUUAUCAAUACCUUAAGUUAUUGCGUCAAGUUUCUCCCCAAGAAUGGAUAUUUAAGGAACUCCAGGAUAUUGGAAAUAUGGAAUUUAGAUUUGCAGAAGAACAACCUCAAGAUGAUUACGCUGCAGAGCUUGCAGAUAAUCUGCUGGUUUAUCCGCCUGAGCACAUUAUUUAUGGGGACUAUGCAUUCAAGGUAUGGGAUGAGGAAAUGAUUGAAUAUGUUUUGGGUUUCUUCACACCGAAAAACAUGAGGGUUGAUGUAGUAUCAAAGUCUUUUGCUAAGUCACAAGAUAUUCAAUGUGAGCCAUGGUUCAAAUCAAGAUAUACAGAGGAAGAUAUUUCUCCAUCACUGAUGGAACUGUGGUACGAACCGUCAGAAAUUGACAUAUCCUUGCAUCUUCCUGCAAAGAAUGAGUUCAUUCCAUGUGAUUUUUCCAUUUGUGCUAAUAAGGCGUCCAGUGUAGAUACAUUUUCUCCAAGAUGUAUACUUGAUGAACCAUUAAUGAAGUUAUGGUACAAGCUUGAUAGGACUUUCAAACUUCCUCGUGCAAAUACAUAUUUCCGCAUUACAUUAAAAGGAGGAUACAAUAAUGUGAAGAAUUCUGUGUUGACUGAAUUAUUUAUUCAUCUUCUAAAAGAUGAGCUGAAUGAGAUUAUAUAUCAGGCCAGUGUAGCGAAGUUAGAGACUUCUGUAUCUCUUUUUAGCGACAAGCUGGAGUUAAAGGUCUAUGGUUUCAAUGAUAAGCUUCCAGUUCUUUUAUCUAAAGUUUUGGCAAUCGCCAAAUCUUUUUCACCAACUGAAAAUCGCUUCAAGGUUAUUAAAGAGGAUAUGGAGAGAACUUUAAGAAACACCAACAUGAAGCCUCUUAAUCAUUCAUCAUAUUUGAGACUGCAAGUACUCUGCCAGAGUUUCUGGGAUGUAGAUGAGAAACUAUGCUUGCUAAAUGAUUUGUCUCUCGCUGAUUUGAAGGCUCUUAUUCCUGAACUUCUUUCACAGGUAUAUAUUGAGGGCCUUAGUCAUGGCAAUUUGCUGGAAGAAGAAGCAAUUAACAUAUCUAAUAUAUUUCGAAGCAACUUCUCUGUUCAACCACUCCCAUUUGAGAUGAGGCAUAAAGAGUAUGUAAUGUGUCUUCCUUCUGGUGCUGACCUUGUUAGAGAUGUCCAAGUGAAGAAUAAACUAGAAACAAACUCUGUGGUUGAGCUUUAUUUUCAGAUUGAACCAGAAGUUGGGCUGGAAAUAACUAAAUUUAAAGCCCUGGCAGAUCUUUUUGAUGAAAUUGUGGAUGAACCGCUUUUCAAUCAGCUUAGGACAAAAGAGCAGCUUGGUUAUGUUGUUGAAUGUAGCCCACGGGUAACGUACCGCAUUUUAGGGUUUUGUUUCCGUGUUCAAUCGUCGGAGUACAACCCUGUCUAUUUGCAAGGGAGAGUUGAUGAUUUCAUAAAUGGCCUGAAGGAGUUGUUGGAUGAACUCGAUGAUGAAUCCUUUGAGAAUUACAAAAGUGGGUUAAUUGCAAAGCUGCUGGAGAAGGAUCCAUCUCUCCAACAUGAAACGAAUCGGUUUUGGAGUCAAAUUAUAGAUAAAAGGUAUAUGUUUGACUUUUCUGCAAAGGAAGCAGAGGAAAUAAGCAGCAUCCAGAAGAAAGAUGUUAUUGACUGGUACAGUACUUAUUUGAGACAAUCAUCUCCAAAGUGUCGAAGGCUUGCAGUUCGAGUAUGGGGAUGCAAUGCUGAGUUGAAAGAAGCCAACACGCAAGCAACGUCUGUGCAGGUCAUUGAAGACCUCACAUCCUUCAAGAUGUCAUCUGAGUUCUAUCCAAGCAUUUGUUGAAGAUCGGUAACCAUUGGUGAACAUGCCAUAAAUUAGUGUGUACCUUAGAAACAUAGUGGACCUUGGUUUGAUCAAAGGAUUAUUAGGUUGUUCCAUUAGAUUUACCUUUGAAACAAGGCAUAGAUAUCAAAAACAUGAAAACAAAAAUAUGGAAAGUUUAGUUAUACUCUGCCAAAAAGACAUUCGUUUUUAAUUAUUGAUGUAUCAUUGAUGAAGAUACCAUAAAUGGUCAUUCUUUUCUUUGAGGUUCACUAAUGCUCAGAAGCUUCUCUUGCUGAAUUUUUGGGUUGAUGGGCAUGUAACUUGGACAGACAUUCUUUCUCGGCAGAAUGUUCUCUGAGGAAAUAAUAAAGGGCCUGGCCUGUUUUCUUCUGAUCAGAAAUUAGAGAGGAAAUUGAAUGGCAGUCGCUGCAACAUGCCGGUGCUAUAGUGCAGGUUCAACCUCAUCUUACUUGAGAACUUUGUCAUUCUUUCCAAACAAUAUAAUUGUUACUAUCAUUAUUGAUUGUUAACUCAGAUUUGUUAACACCAUCUAGCCUUAUUUAUGCAUUCAAAAAAUGUAUUUUCAUCUGUUGUUCUAGCUGAAUGAAGAAUACCUAGAAUAUUCAAUUUUACAAACUAGAGUCUGGUAUUUACUAUCCUUAUAUUAUGGCCAUUCUCAUUA